ACCUUUAAUCGAUCUAUCUUCAGAGCAGAGCCUGAGCAGAGAGAGAGAGAGAGAGAGUAGCAGCAGCAGAAGCAUAUGUAUGCGCUGAUACUGCAUCAGAGAGCAGAACUUCGAGAACUCCUCUAGAGAGCUUUCUUGUCUUGAGUCAGACAUCUAUCGAGAACGUCUCGUUUGAUUUCGUGCCGUUUUCCGAAGCAAUCGAUCGAGCGAUCGGUGAACACUGACGAAGGGAGGUUCCUUUAGUGCUAGCUACGAAGAGAAACGUGAAUUUGAAGGAAGUACAGUGCAGUGCCGUCGUCCAAAGAGUUGUAAAGAGCGUGUUAAAGAAAGUAUUUGUAUACACAGAAGAAUCCAGAGAACAGAGCAAUUUAGUCCGUGUCAUUUCUCAAGCAGUUGAUCAAGUAACAAUGGGUCUGUUAGAUAAGCUCUGGGACGAUGUUGUGGCUGGACCUCAGCCCGAGAAAGGUCUUGGAAAGCUGCGUCAAAAGCAGGCUGCUCUUCCCGAAGAUGACGAGGUCCAGAGGAUGAUGAAUCGUCGCCGCAGCGGAGAGUAUCAGAGUAAGGAACGAGAAGCUCGUCGUAUCACACAGAGCAUCUCCAUCAAGAAGCCCCCCAUGUUGCAAACUCAGCUUGACGGGGGCGAGUCUCCCCUUCCGUCACCCGGUGGUGUGGCGUCGAGCCCUCUAGCCUCUCCUGCCACGAGGGAGAGGGAGAACAUCUGGCGGAGUGUCUUUCAUCCCGGUCAAAAUAAAGCACUCGACAGAAUGGGCUCCGCUAAGUUUGACAACGUGGCUUCGAGUCCCAAUUCGCCGACAGUCUAUGACUGGGUAGUCAUAUCUGCCUUGGACAAAUGAGGAGAAUGGAGCAUCGUGGCUCUGAGUCCGAGGCGACCAUUGUCCUCGAAUUGGGCAGUCUAGCUUUUUGUAGGAGCGCAUGUGCAUAGUACAGUCGAUAUCCAUGUGCGGCCCCCCCUUGUGAGCGGGGCGCAGUCGUUGCCUGGUUUUCAGUGAGUAUGGCGAGUAAUUUGGCCUAUCGUACGUGUGCUGCUCGCCAUGCUUGGUGCAGGCUUUACAGUGGGAACACUAAAUCCCAAUGGCGGUAAGCUGAUUCUUGUCCUGUGCGAGCGUCAUAGCGCCUGUUAGAACGUGAGAUAUUUUGCUCAAUUUGGAGUGUCAGCGGCUUCCGAAUUGAAGAGCAGCGCAGGGUGUAAAAUACAGAGGGGCCUGUAUGUUGGAGCCCUGGGAGGCGAAGAUGAAUUGCGACUUUUUUGCUGUCGUUGGAGAGAAAAUUUUGCUUCUUGUUCUUGACAUUACACACUGAGGAAGGAGGAGCGCGCAGGAGUAUCACUGUAAAUUUUAGAUAGAACGGCAGCAGUUGUAGCUCCUACGGGGGACUGUGGAUGGCCGACACUGUGGAUGAUGACGAAGUGAGGUGUAAGCUGCUUCGUAUUGUAUAGGUACAGUAGUACUGUAUAUUCAAACUGUAAUCGAACAUAAAUCUGAACGUAGUGUGCAUGGCCUUUGGCCGUCGUGUUCAAUACCGAUAAGGGUAGAAGCAGCUGCAGUGGAGCGUUGAUAGUUAGCUAUACACCAUGUCUGUAUGAUAGUAGCAAUCUUGACCGAUCGCCGUCAUGUUUGCCCGACUAGGGAAACUAUGUCCGUGAGCGAAGAGAAUGUGAGUUUUGUGUGAUAUCAUCCAUCGGUGUGAGUACCCGUGUUUCAUACCAAGACUUUAUAAAAAAAUCCCUGUUUGAAAUUGUAAACGACUGUGU